UUAGUUGUUUUUUAAAGUUAUAUGUUUUUAUAUGCAUUAUAUAUUCAGAAAUUCCGUUUGUUGGCCUUGUAAUUACAAAAAGAAAUCGAAAGUAUGUCCCUUUAGGGUGUUUUGCAUGCUUAAACACAUUUUUCAUUUGUUUCUCAAAGUCUCGAGGGGACUCACUUUAUGGGCUGAGUUUGAAUGAAACUCUGGGACUUGAAGCAAGGCUUGGGGUCAGUCGAGUUUGUCCCUCAAAAGAGCAGUUGGUAUAUUAAAAUGUCCUGGCUUUGUGAAUUGAUCGGUAGUCUUCCUAUUGUUGAGUAUAUAUUUUAGAUUUUGAUGACAAACUUCCAAGCUUUUUCCAGUUUUGGUAACUUCGAUGAUAGGCCUGCUCCUCAUCAUGGACACUCUGUAUGUAAUGAAUCUCCGCAACAGGCUCGACAAGUGCCUCAUCUGCAGUCUGCUCUGUGUGUCUGCGAAUUAUCUUAACUCCAUGAUGGACAUCUUCGAGUUCACACUUACAGCUUGCAGAACCUUUUACUUCGAGAUCGCUUACAACCUCUGGUGCUCAGUGAUUUGCAUUCAACUGCACAGUGUAUUCAAGAGCCGAUUCGAGUCUUCUAGUCGCUUCUUGGUCUCCAGCUCCUUUGUCUGGGUAACGCCUCUCGUACUGUUUGGCCUGACCCGGUGGCUUUUGUUCUAUUGCGUAGGCUCUCCCGACCAGAUAGUACUCGACUGGAUCAACGAUUUCGGAGUUUUUCCUCUUCUGAUCCUGAACACCUUUAACGGAAUCAUGCUUAUCCUUACGGCCAUUUACGUUUACAAAGCAAAGGGGGCACUGAACCGCCUUACACAGCAGGAGAAUCCAGCAAGGAGCAGUUCCAAUUUCAGCAAGGAAACCUUUCUACAGAGUCUGCAAAUCUACUCCAUAAUGUGCCUUGCCUGGAUCCUGUUAAUGACUUGCUUGCUUCUGACCACCUUGAACGUCUGGAAGCCGGCCUUCAAAUACUUUUAUUACGGUUUUGGUAUUUCCCUGCUUGUUCUGGCCAUCCUUAAGCGCUGCACCCGUUUGGAGGAAGGGGAACCAGACAAUUCAAAUGAAGUAUCUAGCUCUGAAAAGGUAUUUUUCGGUCUUUGUAGAGUCAGAAAUGCCUUUCACAAUAUUCACGUCAAGGAGUAGACCCUAACAUUUGGAUUGAUUUGUAUUUUAAUGAAUAGCCUUUUUGAAAAGGAUCCUUUUAAAAAAGACCAUUUUUAAAUGCAUAUAUUAUAUAUUAUAUAUAUCAGAUAUUUUACAUUUAUAUAUAUAUAUAUUACACAUUUAUAUAAGAGACAUUUUUAUAUAUAAGACCUUUCUUUAUAGUAUAUAUUUUGC